CCUAAUUCAUUUUGACUAUAGCCUAAAAUUUUUAAAGCUAUAAAAAUUAAAACUAACGUCAAUGACAAAUACCCAUCACAGGUUAGAGCCCAAAUUAAUAUGAUGCUUCAGCCCAACAAUUGGCUGUAUUCACAGCAGACAUCUGACUUCUCAUAGAAGGAAAAAGCACAGGUGUUACUAAUAACAUUAACAAUGGCUCUGCUCUAUUUAAGCGUCCAGUAAGCCAUGCCAGUGUGACAGUGAGUCAGCAUGCACAAUAUCGGGACCCUGAAACUGAAGCAGCUAGUUCAUUUUAUUAUGAACGCCUGUGCUUUUACUAUGUAACAUGUAAAAAUGGCUUCUGUGAAAAGAGCCUAUCCAGAGAAGCAGCCCAACGUUUUAAUUUAUAAUGAAAGAAAAAUAGAAAAAAAGCUACUCUCUUGUUUUUUGAAGCCACUAGAGUAAUUUGCUGCCAAGUCUAAUCUGAGGCUCUCCCAUCAGAGCUGUCCUACUGCAGCACUGCAUCGCUGUGGCACUUCCCCCCCUCUGUGACAUCACUUCUAAUAUCCAAGGGGGCGUGUCUAGCAGAAAUCCCCAGCAAGGCACAGAUGUAGCUGCAGCUCUGAGAGAGGGAGAGGCAGAGAAGGCAGGAAGAGUUUGAACACACUGCAGAGGGAGUGCAGCCAUGGGGAACACGCAGGAGAAACCCUCGGGCAGCGGAGGAGGGGGAGCUAGACCGGAUCAGGCCACAGCAGGGAGCGGGAUGAGAAGCCGCGGUGGAGGCAGCAUGGAAAAGCCCCGCACGCAGAGAGCUCCAGAGAAGGGGGUUGCCAAUGGCACACAGAGGGAAAAUAGCCCUGCUGUUGGACAAGAGGUGCAGGACAUCCCUGCAGUAGACACAAGUUACCUAAACGCCCCUGCUGGGGCCCUUCCUCCUCACCUGGCUCGACUCAAGAAUGAGGGAAACCACCUCUUCAAACAUGGCCAGUUUGGAGACGCCUUGGAGAAGUACACCCAGGCCAUUGAUGGAUGUGCUGAAGCAGGCAUUGAUAGUCCAGAAGACCUGUGUAUUCUCUACUCCAACAGAGCUGCCUGUUACCUGAAGGAUGGAAACAGCACAGACUGCAUACAGGACUGCACCAAGGCUUUGGAGCUGCAGCCUUACUCCUUGAAGCCCCUGUUGCGCAGAGCUAUGGCGUAUGAGUCACUGGAGCGCUACAGAAAGGCCUACGUGGAUUAUAAGACUGUCCUGCAGAUGGACACCGGGGUGCAGGCUGCUCACGACAGCGUCCACAGAAUCACCAAGAUGCUGAUUGAGCAGGAUGGGCCUGAGUGGAGAGAGAAGCUUCCAGAGAUCCCAGUUGUCCCUCUGUCUGUCCAGCAGCAACACAGACAGAAACCAAUCAGCAUCGAGCUGGCCCAGGCCCGAGCCGCCAGGGCUGCACAGGAGGAAGCCAGAAGAAAAGAAGCCCAAUUUACUUUAUUGAAGCAGAAAGGCAAUGAUCUGGUCAAGAAAUGCCACUUCCAGGAGGCUCUGGAGAAGUACAGUGAAUGUCUCACCAUAAAACCUGACGAAUGUGCUCUCUACACAAACAGAGCCAUUUGCCACCUGAAACUGAAUCACUUUAAAGAGGCCAAACAGGACUGUGACUCUGCUCUGCAGUUGGAGCCAGGCAACAAGAAAGCCUUCUACAGACGAGCACUGGCUUAUAAAGGUUUACAGGACUAUCUGUCAGCGAGCGGUGACCUCCAGGAAGUCCUCCAGCUGGACCCAAACAUUCGGGAGGCCGAGCAAGAGCUUGAGGUGGUGACAAGCUUGCUGAGACAGAGCCUGAUGGACGACACUGCACACACACCAAAGGUUUGAUGGCUCUUUGUGGAUUGAUAUAGAGGCAGAGGAAUGAAACGUGUGGACUCAUACUGUACUGAAGCAGUUUCUGGAGGAAAAAGACUUUUAAAGCCGUCAACUUGAGUGAGUAAGACCAGUAAAAACAGAAAAGACUGGUGUUAACUCCUAGGACAGGGCCCUUGGACGACCAGCUUUUGAGAUCUAUACCAUCUCCAACGUGUGCAAACCACACCACUUCUGAGUGCACAACCUUACGUAAUGGGCAGCUUUGUUUAGAAAGGCUAAUGUCAAGGUACAUGACCUGCUUGCACUAUCACUAUCAUCAAAUCAUUCACAUUAUGAUGUAAUAUACUGUAUAUACAGAGUCAUGUACUACGCUGCCGAGCACUGUUAUUUGUUGAAGUAAAAUGGGGAAAGAAAGAGUGUAUAAUGUGUGCCUUAAUGAGAUUUCUACCGGUUUGGAUGAAAUAUGCCAAGAUUUAAAGUUUUAUUUUUAUUUGUUUUAAAGAUGUUGAGUUUGGUUCCAAAAUGAGCUCAUGACAAAAGGACAGAAAAUGGAUUCAACUCAGCUAUACUGUAUGUAGAGAUGGGGAAGGCUCAGAGUGAUCGAAAAAGGUCAAUAGGUCAAUAUUUGGUACUUUCCCUGUGUAUCCAGAGUUCCACCUGUUCCAGCUAAUGUACAAGACAUAUGUCACUGUUUACACUUAUCAUCAUCACAGCUGCUGCUAAUUUAAGAAGACAAGCCAAAAACUUAAUAUAAACCAUCAUCGUUAUAUAAUAUUGGUUUUUGCUUUAGAAAAGAAAAACCCUGAAGAUUUCUAUGGCUAAUUCAUGAAAACGCUGCUGUUUCAAUAAGCUCUUCUAGAUUGAUGAGACCUCUAGACCGACGUGAGAUGCCGUAACCUAACUGGAAUUUAACAUGGAUAAAUAAGGAUUUACCACAGUUGAAAUUUCCAAUAAAUUCUGAGCUCGUUGAUAAUCAUAAGGUUGUCGCUUUACUGGUUUUCAGUAAAUAUCCAGCUACUGAAUUUUGGGUGGUUACUUACUCAUGUACUGUAAGACUUAUUGUAGGUGUCAGGUUCAGUCUUGAAUGUAACCAGGAUGACUGUGUAUAUCUUUGUGUAGGUGUGCAGAAUUUAUGUUUGGCAAGUCUCCUGCUGCGUCUGUUAUAACUACUGUCCAUAUCUCUACGCCCUCCCAGCUGCAACAAGGAAUAAGGCAAGGAUGUCCAUUAUCACCCAUGUUAUUUAUUGCAUUAAUGGAACCCCACACUGACUCCUAUAAAAACAAAAUACAAACAUAUCUGAUAUUAGGACACAGUCAUAUCACAAAAAAUAACUGGUAAUGACACACUACUCUACAUAACCAAAAAUGGCUACUCUGUCAAGUGGUUGAAGUCAGAGAUUCUGUCUUUAAAAAAAAACAUUUUUCACCCAGUCUGAAUAAACUUAACUUCAUCCCAUUACUUCUUCUACAAUUGGCUGAAUGUCAUCAGUUGAGAUAAAUAUUGUCCUGAAGCUCAAGUAACUUUUUCUUCAGCCGCCAUCAGCCGGGUUUUCCUCGCUCAGCCAAGCAGUCUCUACAUUUUACUGCCAAGGCCAAAAAAACCCCAGAAAAUAGGACUGACGGGUCAAAAGGUUGAAUAAUCAAACGGCAAAACAUAUGGCCAGAACAGACGAUUUUAGAAUUAACAGCAACUCAGCCACAGUUCACUUUCACAGGUGUUCUUACCUAUUUUACCUGAUUAGCGCUAUUUAGCAUUAGCUCAUCCUGGUUUCAACCUGAGCCGGGAGCUAAUUAACUAGAAUUAAAAACACCCGUGCUGGUGAGCAGGUUAGAGCUGAUGUGUUUCUUUUGAAUAUGCAACACCUUAUGCUUUUUAAAUAUCCUGUCAGCUUAAUAACACAGACAAAACAUCUAAGUCUUUGUAUAGCACAAUUUGCCACAGCUUUUUUUUCCCACUUGGACUUCUUGGUGUAAUUUGUCCAGCCUACCUUUGGUUUAUCUCCUUUUCUUGUUUUUUUCCUUUCUUUUCAAAAUAAAAGCAUAAAAAUCUCAUCUAAAUGAAACCACUUGAUAUGAGGCUUAAUUGUUCCAGACGAUGUUUUUCAUGCUUCUUGGAAUGUAAAAGCAUGUACUGUAUAUAAACAGUUAGAAUGCAUAUGUAAAU